UGUUGGAUCAGAGGAAGAUUCAGUUGAGGACCUCCCUCUGGCCAUGGGAGAGGACGGUUUCGACAACGAGAAUGAGUCAUUGACUCGACGAGGCACCCACAGGCAGGACCCCUUAACACGUUUUCUCUGCAACAUUAACAAUGCCUGUUCAAGGUGCUGUGCAUCAUUCAAACUGAGAUGUAAACCAGAGAAAGAGCUGUUUCCCCGGACAGUAUGGCUUGGCAAGCCAGGCCCACAGCAAGAGAAAUAUCCCCCCAACAAGAUCUGCAAUCAGAAAUACAAUAUCUUCACAUUUAUACCUCUGGCCCUGUACUACCAGUUCAAAUUGUUUCUCAAUCUCUACUUCUUGCUGAUGGCUUUAUCUCAGUUGAUACCUUCACUUAGAAUAGGAUAUCUAUACACCUAUUGGGCUCCAUUGGGUUUUGUCAUCUUUGUGACAAUGUGUCGCGAGGCUCUUGACGAUUUUAGACGAUACAGAAGAGAUCGUGAGGUGAACAUGCAGCAGUAUUACAAACUGACUAGAACGGGACUGGUGAAGGUACCUAGCUCAGAGUUACAGGUCUCAGAUCUUAUUGUUGUAGAAAAGAAUCAACGAGUUCCUGCAGAUCUUGUUUUACUAAGAACAACAGAAAGAAAUGGAGCAUGUUUUAUACGCACAGACCAGUUGGAUGGGGAAACAGACUGGAAACUUAGACUAGCAGUACCGAGCUGUCAAAGGUUAAACAAAGAUGAGGAUCUGCUGAGCUAUAAUGGCAAUGUCUAUGCAGAGAAGCCUCAGAAAGAUAUCCACAGUUUUGUUGGAACAUUUACGGUGCUAGAAGAGGGUGUUUCAACACAAGAUGCUCUUGGUAUUGAGAAUACAUUAUGGGCUAACACCGUUGUUGCGUCAGGUAGGGCACUGGGAGUUGUCAUCUACACUGGAACGGAGACGAGGGCCGUCAUGAAUACGUCCAGUCCUAGGGUCAAGUAUGGUAUCACUGACCUUGAGGUCAACAAUCAGACCAAAGUGCUCUUCCUCCUGACCUUGGCACUGGCCGUCACCAUGAUCAUCUUGAAGGGAUUCCAAGGUCCAUGGCUGAGAUACUUCAUCAGAUAUGUGCUUUUAUUUUCUUCUAUUAUUCCACUCAGUUUACGAGUAAACCUUGACAUGGCAAAGAUCGUCUACUCCUUUGUCAUCAUGCGGGAUUCUGACAUUCCUGGUACUGUAGUUAGAUCAACGACCAUUCCUGAAGAGCUGGGGCGGAUCACAUACCUUUUGUCUGAUAAGACUGGAACACUCACACAGAAUGAGAUGGUCUUCAAGAAAUUGCAUCUAGGUACAGUAUCCUUUGGCAAUGACAGUCUGGAUGAUAUCAAGACACACCUACUCUCUGCGUACUCUCAGAGUAACCAUGCAGGGUCGUCAAAGACCACACCCGCACGUAAAUCAGCGGUCAGGCGGACUGUCGUCACCAGGGUGUUUGAGUCGGUCAGGGCGCUGGCGUUGUGUCAUAACGUGACACCGGUUGAGGAAGAGGAUGCUGAAAGGUUGGUGAUCAACGAUGGAGAUCAGGAGGCUCGAAUUGUCUAUCAAGCAUCAAGCCCAGAUGAGGUUGCUUUGGUAACCUGGACAGAAACUGUGAACCUAACCCUGGUGAGACGAGACCUUAACUCCAUGCUCCUUCGGAACCCUACAGGAGAUUUGGAUGAGUAUACCAUCCUUCAGAUCUUUCCUUUCACCUCAGAGACCAAGAGAAUGGGGAUCAUCGUCAAGGAGGAGAAAUCUGGUCAGAUCAUAUUCUUCAUGAAAGGAGCGGACACAGUGAUGAGCUCCAUAGUGCAAUACAAUGACUGGCUCGAAGAAGAGAGUGGUAACAUGGCAAGGGAAGGAUUGAGAACUCUUGUUGUCGGAAAGAGGGUCCUUACAGAAGAACAGUAUGCAGAUUUUGAGAAUCGAUACACCCAGGCCAAGCUGAGUGUAACGGAGAGAGCCUCAAAGGUAGCAGCAGUAGUGGAGAGUAUAGAGAGAGACCUUGAGCUCUUGUGUCUUACAGGGGUAGAGGAUAAACUACAGCAAGAUGUACGGCCAACGCUGGAGAUGCUUAGGAAUGCUGGCAUUAAGAUUUGGAUGUUAACUGGAGACAAGCUGGAGACGGCCUGCUGUAUUGCCAAGAGUGCUAAGCUGGUGUCAACAAGACAAUCUCUGUUUGUCUUCAAGAAAGUCAGCAACCGUUCAGAAGCCCAUUCAGAGCUCAACUCCUUCAGAAGAAAGAGUGAUUGUGCCCUUGUUAUCAUGGGGGAGUCAUUAGAUGUUUGCCUCAAGUUCUAUGAACAUGAAUUCAUUGAGCUUGCUUGCCAGUGCCCAGCAGUUGUAGUUUGUAGAUGCUCACCAACCCAGAAAGCUGACAUAGUCAACCUUCUCAAAACGCAUACAGGGAAGAGAACAUGUGCAAUAGGUGAUGGAGGAAAUGAUGUCAGCAUGAUUCAAGCAGCCAAUGCUGGAGUUGGUUUAAUUGGAAAGGAGGGAAAGCAAGCCUCGCUGGCCGCUGACUUCUCUCUGACUCAGUUCCGUUACGUAGGACGACUCCUCAUGGUCCACGGUCGUAACAACUAUAAGAGCUCCGCCUCUUUGAGUCACUUUGUGAUGCAUCGUGGGUUGAUCAUCUCUACCAUGCAGGUCGUCUUCUCAUCGCUCUUCUACUUCUCCUCUGUAGCUCUCUAUCAGGGCGUGCUUUCUGUAGGGUAUGUAACAGCAUACACAAUGUUCCCUGUUUUCCUGUUAGUAAUAGACAAAGAUGUAACACCAGAAACAGCCAUCAAAUACCCAGAGCUUUAUAAAGACUUGCAAAAGGGUCGGAUGUUGUCCUGGAAGAUGUUCUUUGUUUGGAUCCUGAUCAGCGUCUACCAGGGUGGUAUCAUCAUGUACGGCGCCCUCUGGUUGUUCGAAGGAGAGUUCCUUCAUAUCAUCUCCAUCACGUUCACCUCCCUCAUCAUCACCGAGCUCCUCAUGGUUGCGUUGACCAUCAGGACGUGGCACUGGACGAUGGUCAUCGCAGAGAUCCUCAGUAUCGUCAUCUACAUCGCUUCCAUGUUCAUCUUCACAGGAUACUUUGAUCGGGAUUUCAUUACCACCUUCACAUUUUGGUGGAAAGUUGUGGUCAUCACGCUUGUCAGCAAUGUGCCUCUAUAUAUCCUCAAGUUCCUACGAAGACGCUUCAGCCCUCCCAGCUAUUCCAAGCUAUCAGAAUAGGUACUUAUCUACUCACACCAAAUACAUGUUUAUAGUGCCAUUUUCUAUCCUCAACUUGGUACAACAACGACUCGGCCUUCCCAGUCACUCCAAACUUGGAAAGCAGAGAAUUUACAGACACCUUACCUUAGGAGUGGGACUACAUUCACAUUUUUGAUCAAGUUUCCUGUAGCCAGGGCCUUGCUCCAUCCCGACCGGUUACUGACACCAAAUUUCAUGGAUGGGACUGCAAUGUUGGAUCACAGAAAUAUUCAUCCCCAAUGGAAGCUUGCCUGUCCCUAAAUCGUAUUGAGUUGAAAAUCAAAGCAUUUAUGCAUGUCAAUGCUCCUGUAGUUAUAUUAUAUUUAUGUUUGUACAUUUUAAGUGAACUUCCAAACUUAUUUCAUCUGCAAGGUGCAAUUGAGUUUGCUAUUCAAGUGAUUCAUAUGUUGUAUUUGCAUAUAAUGCUGUUAAAAUGUGUCCUAUUAAAUAGAAGGAAAAAAACACUGUCUUUCAAUUUGUUUUACUGUCCUUGAGCAGGUAACCUAUAUAGAUUUUCCUCCCAACCCUUCCCUCUCCAGCUAUAUCUGACUUUCUCUAUCUUAAUUCACAAUUAUAUUGGUAUUCAAAACAGUGCAAUCUUCUCAUAAUAUUCAUUGGAUACAUACACUUUGUGGAUUGAAAUUUUGCUUAUCUGAUCUAGUAAAUAUACAAAAAGAUCUAUAUAUAUUUUGACUUAUGAUAAUAUGCAUGGUACAUGUAUAUUCAAGGAAAUUUGAAUUAACGGUUGAUUUCUAUGAAUUGGAUGCCUCUAAUAUACCAAAGCGUGUUAAAUAGUAAUUGUCUUUUCUAAAUCUAAUGAAUAGUUUUGAACCUAAUUUGGACUCCAAUAUCAAUUAACAGUGAUCGACAUGCUAUUUCAAAGCAGAUGUGUACAUUUAAUUGUGGACCAAAAUAAAUUGAAACCUUUGUGUGGAAAAAUACUGAACAAAGUGAAUUUUUGUUUCAAAUGCCAGUUUUUAGUCAACAAUGAUUUGUUUGGAAUUUUUUAUUAGGCUACAGGGUUCUUGAGUGUAAAAAACACAUUUUCUUCCAAGUUCUUCUUAUAAUUACACAAAAUCUGUGAAUCUUGUAGGAAAGGUCACAAUGCCCACAACAAAGCAGUUUCAUUGUCGGAAGAUGUGUCUUCAUGAUUUUUGUUUGUUUCAUUUAAAAGACACAUUAUUCCUCUAUGAAAUUAUACAGUUAGUAUGCAAACUAAUGUAUGUCUUUAAGGAAUGUCAUAUGUGUCCUUGAGAAUUUAUUUCUUACUGGCUUAACUUGUGUUGACAUCAAUUUGUAAAUACCAGGCGGAAUGAGAUACUUAAUUCAUCUCCGUGGGGAUGCAUCACAAAGAGUUCAGUCUGACCAAAAGUAACGUGUUAGUAACAACGGGUAAUGUUAUUUAUUGCGUGAUCUAGGAGAUUAAGCAGUCGUGACGUGUUAUAUACCACACGCAACCGGCAAAUUAGGUUGAUUUUUUUUUUUUGGGGGGGGGGAUUUUAAUCAGACAUAAAGCUUUUUGAAACAUCCUCUUGAUAAGGAGGUGUUUUGGUGAAGGGUUCAUCGACCUUGGCACUCCAGCCAGAAGGCUAGGGUUCUAAUCCUAGCUAGGCUUUGAUGUCCAUUUGCCUCACCCCACCCGGGAGUAGAUGGGUGGCUGGUCAUUUGUUGGGUUAGAGAUAUUAACAAAGUCCUUUGGAUGAAAAGUACCUUUACUUGUGAGGAUACUCUAGUUAAAGCUUGUCUUUAGCUUGACGAGCAGAAUGAGUUGAAACUAAUUAGAUAUAGACUCGUGUCAACUAGUUCUUGAAUAUGAAGAUAUGUGUGCAAGACCAUUUGUAUGGUGUUCCAUUAAGUUGUUCGUAAGUUACACACAACUUUACACACAACUUUAUGAACAACUGCUGACCCUGUCAUGAGUGAUAGAUUAGAUUCCUGAUCAUUUUUUAUUCCAAUUAACACAAGUUGAAAUCUGUUCAUUGUAGAUUAAAAUUCUCAUUAUUAACAAACAUCUGUUGAAAAUUCUGUGUUUUCCUACAUUUGAUUAGGAUUAAACAGGAAAUGCAAUCCCAUUAUGGUACAAUGGAGACCAAUUGAGGUUUUCCCAUUUGUCACAAGCUAGGGUCACCAGUCAUGCGUAGUAAAGUUGGGCGUUAUUUAUGAACUGCCUUUUGAAAAUGCACCCAGAUAUUCCUCAUAUGACUUCCAGAGAAAAAUCACUAGAUUCCUGGAAUGAGCGCAAGUAAUUGAAUGGUGACCUUUGACCCAAGGGUUUGCUGCAUGUGAUCUCAUUGUGAAUCCAGGGUCCCGAUUCAUUAUGACUUAUUAUGAUAACAAAUGCAUGAUUUAUUUAACAAGUUUCCUUUCGCCAAUCAGGUUGAAUGAUUCCAGUAGCUUUAAAUGGUUAUUGCAAAUUUGUUAUUAUAACAAGUUUUAGGAAACACGCCCCUAAAGUGCACAUGCACAGGGAAUUGUCAUUUGUUUGACCUAUACAGCAACUCCCUUGAACUCAUUAAAGGUAAUGGUUACAGGGUUUGUAUAAUACUACAUAGUAGACCCUAUGUUUGGGCUUUUUUUCUUUCUUUUAUAUAUUUUUUUACAUAGUUCAAAUUAUUCAUUUGUCUAGAAAGCACCGCUGCUAGAAAGAGUUCCCAAAACGAAUAAGGACUCUAUUUUCAGACAAAGUGAAGUUUCCCCCAUUGCCACAAUCCUAUAAUACCCCCUUGUUUUUAGUUAUCCUUGACAAUAUAUCAAAAUUUUGAGAUACAAGAUUUAACAGCCAAUGAUAUGUAGUAAUUGUCGUAUGACUUCAAUCGGUAUUGAGAUUAUGAUGUUGGGAUGUACUGCAAGGUUCUAAGUGAUGACAAACAGAGAACAAUUGUAUGGCACUAGCAAAUAGGGACCUUUUUGUAGAAGCAGGUCAUGUGAUGUAGUUAUUUUUUUUUAGAAAAGAGUGUAGAAAGCAGCUAGAAUUGAUUUUCCAAUGGUUUUGAGUUGCAUUAACCGGAAUACUGGAGUGUAAUAGAUAUUAAUUUAACAUUUUUUCACUGAUUUUUAUUUAAUAUUUGAAAUGCUCUCAUACUUAUAGAUGAAAUAUGUUCAGUACAAGCAUAAGGAUUGCACUUGGUGCUUCAUAUUUCACUUGUUUGUGAAAUCAUGCUUAACUUUAUGAUACACACACCAAGGAUCUGUCUAACAAAGAGUUUCUAUGGAAAGCCAGCAAGUCAUCUAGGAUGCAUACAUCUGUUGCAAAGUAUUUCUAAAGAAUGAUGUUAACCUGUGCAUGCAUCAAUAUAUUGGCAAUAUUGUAUGCUGCUCUUUGUAUACCAAGGAGGCAUUGUGUACAGUUGCUAUGUGAAGAAUUAUGACAUUGCAGGCUUUCCAUAGUUGAGAUUUCAUGGAGACUUUUUAUAGCAAUAACAAAUGCGAAUUUUCUAAAGCAUAUUUACGAUCAGCCAAUCAGAUUAAAGCUUUUAACUGCUAUUACAAAUUUGUUAUUAUAACAAGUUUUAUGAAAUGGGUCCCUGAUCUAUGGGGACCAGGGCUCCAUAUCACAAAGCUUGGUAAUCGAUUGUACAUUUGAUUUGUGUGAUUGAUUGCACUAACGAUCAAUGCAAUCAAUCACUUAGGUCAGCCUUUUGUCAAUUACUAUGUUUUUGGUUACAAUGCACAGGAAUGAGAUCGGGAGAAUGCACCUCUUCUCUCAUACGAUACCUGAGACAAAAUGUAGAAAUCCUCUAUGUAUUAAAUGCUCACUGAUUUUGUAACAAUACCUUGACAUUCCUACUGUGCAGUACACAACUUGUCAUCCGCAGACCAAGGAUGAUUGCAAGUGAAUGCAUGAAAAGGAGCAAAGAUUCUUUAUAUUGAAAGAUAAUGGCGAUGUAUGUGUCAACGCGAUCAAAUGAACUUUAGUUAGGAUUUGUAAUGUAUCAUAUUUUUAUAGUAAAAUAUUGAAGCAUCUCAUUGUCAUAAGGAUUUGUAAGCAGUGUAUUAAGGUCACAACUUAAAUGUAAGAUAGCUUUGAAGUGCCAUCGACUUGUUGAGAUGGCAAGAUGCAUUAUUUCAUCAAAUCGACUUAUGAAUGUAUGUCAACAUGGCGAGACAAUGUUUGAAAAGUUGUAUGUCAAUAUCACCAGAUACGUUACCUAAGACGACUUUUGAUGCACCUCGCCAUGUUGACACACAACGUUGUAUAUGUCGACUUGGCGAGAUAAUGCCAUUUCGCCAUCUCUACAAAUCAAUGAAGCUUCUGUAUGAUUAUGAUUCCUGAAUAAUGAUUGGGCAAUCCGAAAUUAUGUUAGUUGCGGAUCUAGCCAGGUUGAACACAAUAUCAUUUCAGGGGCCAUAUUGUUUUUGCAAAAUAGUGGGCCUCUCAAAACUACCUUGUCUAAUACGGCUGGAUCCGCGCCUGAAUUAUGUAAUCAAGAGUUGCAAAUGUUGAAAUAUGAGACAAAUGUAAAAGAGAAGGAGAAACAAUGUGUUGAUGAUAUGUGAUUAUAUAUGCCCACAUACAUUCUCUUUACUGUUAUUUCUAUAAUUUGUAUGUGGGAUGUUGAUGUUUUGUGUCUAUUUAUUGAUUGUCCAACAUGCUUUUAAUGUGUUUCCUGGUAUGUAAAAAAUUAUUUGUAGUUCUUAUUGUUAGCCAGAUUGAAUCUGAUGAUUGGGGAUGAGUAAUCUAUGGAGCACUUAAGCACUGUUAUGAAAUAAAUAUAUAUAAAUAUAUCAAAACUUUAA